AUGGCGUCUCGAUCCCAGGCCAAAGCAGAAGCGGUCAUCAAAACGAUUACCGACGCAUCAAAAUCCAAGAAUACGAGUGGCAAACUCAAGUUCCUGCAUCUAGAUCUGAACGAUCUCUUGCCCGUCAAGGCCGCAGCGGAAAGCUUCGCUCAGCAAGAGGAUAAACUAGAUCUACGCGCUGCCGCCGCUUCUGGCGAGAGUGGCAAGACUCGUGUCGUCUGGACAUCGAGCGGUCUGGCAGAGGCAGGCUCACCACCCAACGGCGUCAAUUUCGACCUGUUGGAUAAAGGAACAAAGAGUCUCAAUGAUAACUACGGGACGUCCAAAGCGGGCACCUGGUUCCUAAGUCGGGAAUUUGCUCGUCGAUACGCCAAGGAUGGAAUCGUCAGUGUUUGUCUGAACCCGGGCUACUUGAAGACGGCUUCCUUCAAUGGGACUCCUGCGCCAAUCAUGUUCGUCUUGAACAAAGUUCUCCUGGGUGAUGCGAUCUACGGCGCGUACACGGAACUUUAUGCUGGACUCUCUUCCGAUAUUGCGUUGGAAAACAGCGGUUCGUACAUCAUCCCCUGGGGUCGGAUCCGCCCCAAUAAGGCUACUCCGCGACAGGACCUCAUCAAGGCUGGGGAUUCCAAGGAGGGGGGGUCUAGCUUGUCCUUCCAGACCUAG